AUGGCACCCAAUGUCCUAGUUCUAGGAGGAGUCGGCUUCAUAGGCAGGAACUUUGUCACUUAUCUCAUAGAAAACAAUCUUGCAGACUCGGUUCGCGUCGCUGACAAGGUCUUGCCCGCGACCGCCUAUCUCUCGGAUCGCGUAAAGAAGGCAUUUGAUGACAAGCGCGUCGAGUUUAGACAGGCUAAUCUGGUUAAUGCUGGCUCAACAGAAAAGAUGUUUACUCGAGAAGACGGUAAACAAUUUGAUCUGGUAUUCAACUUGGCCGCUGAAACAAAAUACGGCCAAUCCGAAGAAGUCUAUGACGAGAAAGUGUAUCAGUUGUCCCUCUGUGUCGCCAAAGAAGCCGCCAAACGCGGUAUAAAGGUCUUUGUGGAGGUGUCUACUGCUCAGGUUUAUGAGGCUGACAAGAAACCAUCAAAUGAAGACUCUAAAAUCAAACCAUGGACUCUGAUUGCGAAAUACAAGAGCAAGGCUGAGCUUGAAAUCAAAAAGAUUGCGGGAUUGAAUCUCAUCAUCGUGCGACCAGCUAUCGUGUAUGGUCCUGGUGAUAUUCUUGGACUGACUCCUCGUUUGAUCAUCGGCGCCGUAUACCGUCACCUCAAAGAAGAAAUGAAACUAUUGUGGACCAAAGAUUUGAAAAUCAAUACCGUGCAUGUCAAUGAUGUGGUUCGCGCAUUGUGGUAUGUCGCAGCUACAAAGGAAGAACAGGGUGGUCGCACAGCUCCCGUCAAGGCUGGCGGCGAGACAUACAACUUUGCAGACAAGGGAGAUACGGAUCAAGGAGCAGUGAAUACAUUUAUUGAGUCUAUUUUCGGUAUCGAGACUGGAUUCCAGGGAACAAUGAUUUCGCAAUUCGCCAAGCUCAAUCUGGAAUCAGUCACAGAAGAUGUCAAUGACAAGCAUUUGCAACCGUGGUCUGAUUUAUGUAAAGCUGGCGGUGUUCAGAAUACACCAUUGACACCAUACCUAGACAAGGAAUUAUUAAAGGAUAAUGCUUUGAGUAUUGAUGGAACACGGAUUGAAAAGGAAUUAGGCUUCACAUAUACAGUUCCAACACUCACAGAAGCCGCCUUACGUGAAGUAGUAGAGGACUUUGUUGCAACUGGUAUCUGGCCAAAAGCAACCACCAAGUAG